CAAAAAAUAAAAGCCCUACAAUUAAAUCAACAACAGCACCUGCAACAUUUUAUUGCUACAACUUUAUUAUUAACAACACUUCCCGUUCCCGAACCCCAGCAACACUUCUUCUUCUUCUUAUUCUACUUCCCCUGCAACUUUUACACCCGCUUGCAAGCAUUUUUUGUUUUGUGUGUUUCUUUUUGAUUUCAUUGAACACAUUUUUUAUAAAACGGCCGCACAAUUGCACACAAUUAUUACCAUAGAUAUCCACAACGCUAUUACUACCGUAUGGAGCGUGGCACCGGCGGUGGUCAACAGCAGCAACACCAACAACAGCCACACCACCAGCCACCACCACACCACCAACAGCAACAGCAGCCCUAUUAUCAACAUACACAUCAUACGUUUAUGACCACCUCCGAAGAACACACGACGAGCAAGUCUUCGUUUGAUAAUCCCGCCACCAAAAAGAAGCCACCCAAACUGAAAGCCAUCAAUCGUUCGCUCUCCAUGGCCAUUGACAACUAUGAGGGAGCCGUGGGUGGCGGCCUGGGGAUGGGUGGUUUGGAUGAUGCAUCGUUGAUUGUGGAGCCAGCGAUAAUACAUCGUUCGGCCUCGCCGGUUGCCGUACGCUCUGCACCACCGCCUCAGACCUUAGCACUUCCUUCCUCGUUGCAUCCGCACGCGUCUGGCAGCGGCGGUGGUGGUGGUAGUGGCGCUGUGUCACCAGCUUUAUCUGCACGUCAAUAUCAACAGCAACAGCACCUACACACUUUUCAGCAUAUGGCAGCUCAAGCACGUCAAUUUAGCCAGCAACAAUCGCAUGCUAGUAGCACCAGUUCGCCCAUUUCGCACACGGUUAGUCCCGUUCUGGGGAGUGGCAGUCGCGGCGAACGGGAUUCAUAUCAUCACCAUCAACAGCAACAGCUGCAUCAGCCGGACAUUUUUCUGGUCAGCAGUAGUAGUCUGGCCGAGAAUGUGGCCGGCUCAGCGCGUGGUGUGGGCGGCUCAACGUCGCCCAUACAAUUCAUUGAUGACUAUAUGCUGCCGCCGACGACACACCGUCAACUGCAGCAGCAACAACAACAACAUGCUGCCACUCACCCCUUUAAGAAAUCACAAUUUCGUCGUUCCGACACAAUUGAUGUACAUCCGGCUUCUACUUUUCAGAUGAAGAAAACGCAUUCGUUUCAUGCGCCUCCCGAUGCUGAAACCAUAAUGGAUCCCCUGCUGCUAAGCGCUAUGGGUCAACCGAAUUCGGCCUCUUCAUCGCGACGCACCAGUUCAGUGAGAGGAAAUUUUCUGAUGCCUGGACAUGCGUCGGCCAAAGAUAUCAGUCGUUCACCUUCGCCCAGCAGGCGAGGCGCACGAUCUCAUCGUUCGCUGCACGAUCCCUCACGCCGACCCAGCGCUAAGCCUGAGUCGGUGGUUGACUCACAAAUACGACAUCCUUCUUUGAACGAUGAUCUGUUGGAACCUUUAGAUGGUCGAUCCAAUCUCUUGGCGCCCACCAAUUUAUCACUAGAUAAUGAACUGUUCGUGGAAUCUAGAUCACGCAGUAAUAGCCAUACAAAAAUGGAAGAUGUCGGCCUAACGGAGAGAGGAACUAUAAGAAAGACAUCGAGUUCUUUUGAAGAUGCCACCCAGGGCAUGGUAACACAUGUGCCGGCGAAUACCACCAGUAGUUUAAAAAAGCGAGCCGACCAUCAUGCGCACUCCUCCCGGCAACAUAGUUCCCACAGUUUGGAAUUGGAUGGUAGGCCCUCUACAUCAGCGGCAGCAGCAGCUGCUGCCACACACUCUUCUCUGCAUUUACAUACGGCUGCUGCCGCUGCCACAGCUGCAUAUCACUUUAAGCGUGGCACCAAACACGGCCGUUCCCUCUAUCUCUCACCCAACAAUCUGGAAGAGGUGCAGGUCCAUCAUCGCCCUGCGGUCAUGGCGGCAGCCGCUGCUUUCGGCGGCACCAAUGCCAGUGCCGCGAGCAUAAAACAAGCCAAGGCUCUGCACAGUGCCAGCAUGCGCCUGCGUACCUAUCGCGAAACGUUGAGUGCGACGAAAAAAUCGAAAAGUUUUAUCGGUGACAGUGCGUACCCACCUCCGGUAAGUGUGUCCAAUGAAUUUGUGGAGCUUACCUCACCCCACCGACGCAACAGCGGCCGUGCUCUGGCCAGUUCGACUACCUCAGGCGGAGCUGCCACCAUCGAGGACAUCAAACGUAGUCCACGUCCCGUCUCGCUGAGCGCCACCGCCAUGGCUGUGGCAGCCACCACCGCUUUCAUGGAAGACAAAGAAAAACGUCCAUCAUUCGAACGUAAACCAUCGCUCACCUACGAAAUAGGCGACGCUGCAUUCGAGCAGGUAUUGCGGCCAUUUCAUCACAAAGCCACCACUGGCCUGGGAACACGUAAAUCCUCUCUAGCUACUUCUCACAAAGCUCUAAAAAAGAAAUCUCUUUCAGAUGAAACCGACGAAGACGAGGAGGCCGAUCGCAAACGUAAGCGCAUUGUUUGCAUUGUCAUGACCGUAUUCCUGUGUCUCGUCUGUGCCGCUGUCUUUGUCGUUAUUAUGACGCUGACACACUCAUCGACCCAGUCACAUCCACACAGUCAUCAUCAUCAUUUGACGACAAAGAAGACGUUUACGUACAAUCGUGAUGUGCCAGUACACUACAAUGUUCGCCAGGAGAAUGAACGUUUAAUGAAGGAGACCAUGGAUAGAGCACGUUUUGGUAAAAAUUUCACAGAGACUGCAUCAUCACUAUUGGCAGCCACUACCUCAACAUUGGCAGCAGCAGCCGCAGCUGGCGGGGCUCAUCAGCAGCAACAACAACUACAACCACACCAGCAACAACACAACCAACAGCAAAUAUUACUACCACAGCCACAACAAUAUCCUUUGCCUCAUUUGCAACAAAUUCCAUAACAAAUGAUAAUUUAUAAAUAACCACAAAUUGCUGCGAGUACAACACAGGAGCGGUCGCCACAGUAUCCAUCAAACAAAAUAUAAAAAAAAAAACAGCAUCAGACAAAGACCGAAAAUAGAGAUUUAAUAAAAUUAAUUUUUAUAAUAUAAAAAAACAAGCUACUAAACACACCAAAAACAACAAACAAGAAAACCAGAUGCUGGAACAGGAUAUGAGGUGGUGGGUAAACGCAAAGGAAAAAUCACUAGGUAAUAACCUUCAAAGUGAAAUUAAACGAUGCAGAUAGAUGUUUGCUGACUGAAUGACGACCAUGAUACUACCUACAUUCAUACUUAUACAUAGUUUGUAUUUAUACCUCUAGAACAUUUUAAACAAUGAGCCCUAAAGCUGCCAUUAACAUGAAUAUGAACAGGAACAAAAAACAACAACAACACGAAGGCAAAAAAAGACUUCACUAAAAUCCUCAAACAAACCAAAAAAUAGAAAGAAAAAAAGAGAAAACAACACAACAUGUACUUUUGAUAGCAAAAAAAAAACAACAACAACUGCAAAAAAAGAGCAACAGAACAACCGUUAAUUAAGUGUGAGUUAGAGCCAAACAACAACAAAAAACAAACAAGAAGACUUGUAAAUAAACUACAAUAACUACAAAAACAUAAUG